AUGGAGCCAAGAUCAUAUGUGGAAGCUGCUAAGAAUCAGCAGCGGAGAAUGGCUACGGUACAAGAAUUGAAGUCUUUAGAAGAACAUAAGACAUGGUCUCUGGUUGAACUGCCUCGUGAUCAACAGGUCAUUGGUCUCAAGUGGGUGUUUAGGGUAAAGAUGGAUGCAAGUGGUGAAAUCAAGAAGUAUAAAUCCAGGAUUGUGGCAAAGGGAUAUGCCCAGGAAUAUGGUAUCAACUAUGAGGAGACUUUUGCUCCUGUAGCAAGAUUCGAAACAACUAGAAUGAUUCUCUUAUUGGCGGCUCAACAAAAGUGA